AUGCGCGUGCGGGGCGGGGGCGGGGGGGGGAGUUGCGUGGGCGAAGGGGGCCCACGGGGGGCUUUCCGCUGGCUUCACCGCCUGCAGGAAGUCGCCCCAUCCGGGCGGCCGCGGCGGGGGAGGCGAGGCGCGCACGCCGGGCUCAGGCGGCCGACGCAGUCAGCGUCCGUGCGUGAGCGAGCGCUGCCGAUCGUCCGAGAUCCGGCCCGCGGUCGCAGCGGCCCCCCGACCAUGGCGUGGUGGAAGAAGUUUAUCACAGGUAAUCGCACCACCAGUUCCUCACCGCACCACUCCGAUCAACACGACUCCGAUAAUGAGCUCGCUCACUGUACCGGCGACGACAGCGGUACGCGAACUGUGUGCUGGAGUCUUAACGCGGGAGAGCUGUGCGCAGAGAAUAGUGACGGGCGACGCAGCAGAAGUGGGAGCGGGAGUAGGCGGAGCGCGUUGUCUAGGUGCAGCAGCGAGUCGGAAUGCGCGCUCGAACUGGUCGCGGGUGAGGCGCGAAGCCCAGCGGCAGAUGUGAUGGAGUUCAUCGCCAAAUGUCUGCCCGUGGUCUUCUGGUGCGUGGCGUCCUGCAUCUUCCUUCUUUUGGGCACGCUCAUGCUCUUAGUGUUCACGUUGGCCCUUCACAUCGACGACGACAACAAACAGUGGGUGAGAGCGGGGCGUUCAGGAAGCAACAUAGUGCUCGGGUUUGGAGUCGUCUUCUUCGUCUUGAUGUUCUGCACCGCCGUUUACGUCCAUUACUGCAGAAACGACAAAAUAAUCAGGGAAGGCGUAGAGCACAGGGCAGCGCCGCGCUCGCUGCGGGCCGCGCGGGAGCACCGCCUCACGCCGCACCCGCUGCUGUUCCAGCGGACGCUGCUAGGCGCGCGGGCGCAAGCGCACAUGGAGCUGGUGCAGCUGGAGGCGGGGCCGGGGGCGGGGCGGGGCCCGGGGGCGGGCGGCGCCGGCCGCGCCGCCGCCGAGCUACGAGACGUUCGGGAGCCCGCGUCGUGCGCCGCCGCCCGCCUACAGCGCCGCGGUGCGCGCCGCUGGCGCGAGCCCCCCGCCGCCAGACGCCCAAAGACGUACGUGCGGCCGUGGAUGCCGCCGCCGCGGAGCGCCCCCGCCGCCGCCGCAACCGUGUCCGCUCCCCUCCCCCCCGGCGCCGCGGCCGGCGUCGCCGCUGCUGGCCGCGCGCGUUUCCGAUCGCUUCCGCCUCGCCAGCCUGCGCCUGCCCGAGCUGCCGAGCGCGCCGCGUGA